AUGAAUGACUUUCCUUCUCUCCACAGAAUAUUUCAAAUAAAUCAAAUGAAAAAUCAAUCUACAGUGACAGAGUUCUUUCUGAUGGGAUUUGCUGGUGCCCAUGAGGAACAAAUUUUUCAUUUUGUGAUAUUUUUUUCAAUUUACAUUGUAGCCCUAAUUGGCAACAUUCUCAUAAUCAUAACAGUGUCCCUCAACCACCAGCUUCACACUCCCAUGUACUUUUUUUUGGUAAACUUAUCUUUGUCAGACAUAUGUUUUAUUUCCAUCACUGUCCCCAAAUCCAUGGCCACUUCCUUAACAAACCACAAACUGAUCUCUUUCUAUGGAUGUGUGUGUCAGGUUUUCUUCAUCAACGCUUUUGUGGGCAUUGAGCUAACCGUUCUCACCAUCAUGGCUUACGACCGCUAUGUAGCAAUCUGCCAUCCUCUGCGGUACAGAUUAAUCAUGAAUUGGGGUGCCUGUGCUCAGAUGACAGCUGCUUCCUGGAUCAGCAGUGUGACGAAUGCAGUGUUACAAACGAAUCUCACAUUUAAGUUAAGCUUCUGUGGAUCCAAUGUUAUUGAGCAGUUUUUCUGUGAUAUCCCUCACCUACAAAAGAUUUCUUGUACUGACCCCAAAGUCAAUCAAAUUCUGAUCCUUGCUCUUGGACUCGUUGUGGUUUCCUUUUGUAUCUUGUUCAUCUUUGUGUCCUAUGGCUACAUCUUCUCUGCUGUGCUAAAGAUUUCAUCUGUUCAGGGCAGGUAUAAAGCCUUCUCUACCUGCACUCCCCACUUGAUGGUCUUUUCUUUAUUUAUGCUUAUGUGCACAUUUUCAUACAUGAAACCGAAAGAACUUUCUUCUCCAACUGUGGACUUGGUCUCUGCUGUUCUGUAUGCUGUUUUACCGCCUGUGCUUAAUCCUAUCAUUUAUAGCCUCAGGAAUAAAGAUAUCCAAGAAGCUGUGUGCAAAAUGUCAAAAAAAUUAAAACUCUUAUUGCAUGAUUUUUUAGGUCUCUCUAGUAAAGAAAAAUAA